AUGUUAUGGAAAUCAUGUUUUUUGGUGGUUUUUCUGGUUGGGCUCGCAGUUUCGGAGCCCAUUCUCCCGUCCUUCCGAAUCGCAGACCUUGACGUCAUCCUUCAACGUCACCACAUCCCAACUCCAGAUGCCAAGUAUACCAAUGCAUUCCAAGAUUUCCUUGUAAUGUACUUGAGAGAGUACAAGACAGAAGAUGAAGUGGUGAAGAGAUUCACUAUUUUCUCAAGGAAUAUGGAUUUAGUGGAGAGGCAAGAAUCCGUUGACUGGAGAAAUGUGAAAGGAAACAACCAUGUGACCGGAAUUAAGUAUCAAGGAUCAUGUGGAUCCUGUUGGGCGUUUGCUACAGCGGCGGCUAUUGAAUCCGCUGUGUCGAUUAGUGGGGGUGGUCUGCAGAGUUUGUCUUCGCAACAGCUCCUCGACUGCACCCCUGUCUCCGAUAAAUGUGGUGGUGGUGAGCCAGUGGAGGCUCUCUCCUAUGCUCAAUUCCAUGGAGUCACCAGUGCUCGCAGCUAUCCAUACUACUUCUGGGCCACAACAUGUCGGGAGAAUGUUCCAACUGUUGCGAAGAUUUCUACCUGGGCAGAGGCUGAAAGUGAAGAAGAAUUGGCGGAAAUGGUGGCACUCAAGGGGCCAGUGAUUGUGUGCGCUAACUUUGCAACUAAUAAGAACAGAUUCUAUCAUAGUGGAAUUGCAGAGGAUCCGGAUUGCGGCACCGAACCAACUCAUGCUCUAAUCGUUAUUGGAUACGGUCCAGACUACUGGAUUCUCAAGAACACUUACAGCAAAGUGUGGGGAGAGAAGGGAUACAUGAGAGUGAAGAGAGACCUUGACGUCAUCCUUCAACGCCAUCACAUCCCAACUCCAGAUGCCAAGUAUACCAAUGCAUUCCAAAAUUUCCUUGUUAAGUACUUGAGAGAGUACAAAACAGAAGAUGAACUGGUGAAGAGAUUCACUAUUUUUUCAAGGAAUAUGGAUUUGGUGGAGAGAUACAACAAAGAAGACUUCGGAAAAGUGACUUAUGAACUCAAUGACUUCUCCGACUUGAGUGACGAAGAAUGGAAGAAAUUUUUGAUGUCACCGAAACCAAAGGGUCCAUCAAAAUCAGCAGCCAAGCCUUUCACUCCAAAAGAAAAACGAAUUAUCCCAGAAUCCGUUGACUGGAGAAAUGUGAAAGGAAACAACCAUGUGACCGGAAUUAAGUAUCAAGGACCGUGUGGAUCCUGUUGGGCGUUUGCUACAGCGGCGGCUAUUGAAUCCGCUGUGUCGAUUAGUGGAGGUGGUCUGCAGAGCUUGUCUUCGCAACAGCUCCUCGACUGCACCCCUGUCUCCGAUAAAUGUGGUGGUGGUGAGCCAGUUGAGGCUCUCUCUUAUGCUCAAUUCCACGGAGUCACCAGUGCUCGCAGCUAUCCAUACUACUUCUGGUCCACAACAUGUCGAGAGAAUGUUCCAACUGUUGCGAAGAUUUCUACCUGGGCAGAGGCUGAAAGUGAAGAGGAAUUGGCGGAAAUGGUGGCACUCAAGGGGCCAAUGAUUAUCUGUGCUAACUUUGCAACUAAUAAGAACAGAUUCUAUCAUAGUGGAAUUGCAGAGGAUCCGGAUUGCGGGACCGAACCCACUCAUGCUCUAAUCGUUAUCGGAUACGGUCCAGACUACUGGAUUCUCAAGAACACUUACAGCAAGGUGUGGGGAGAGAAGGGAUACAUGAGAGUGAAGAGAGGUGUCAACUGGUGUGGAAUUAACACGGAGAAACCACUUUUGCCUAUUUUGUAA